UCUCCUCCAAUGCGUCACGAACGCUUGUGCAUAUAAACAUAUCGCGCAUUGAAUUAUAUCGACCAGUACCGCGGGCUGCUACAUACAGAAUCCUGCUAUAAGGUUGUGGUAAUGCUGGAGACAUUCGAUUCGUGGGUUCUGCCGCUUGGAGCGCUGUCCACCAUUGUUCUGGCGACUCUGUAUGUCUACUUCAAAAUAUCUUAUUCCUACUGGGAGACCCGCGGCGUCCCGACCUUGAAACCUACUGCACCAUUUGGAAACUUCGCACAUUCCAUUAAAUCCGGAAAUAAUCCGGAAUAUGAGACAGUGGAACUGUACAAAGCCUUGGAGGGCCACAAAGUGGGGGGACUGUACAGGUUUACGUAUCCAUCUCUUCUCAUACGGGACACUGACAUUAUAAAAAAUAUUCUAGUGAAAGACUUUGCCCAUUUCUUCUCACGUGGACUUCAAGUUGAUGAGGAAUCCGAGCCUCUGGAUGGUCACUUGUUCGCACUGUCUGGGACCAAAUGGAGAAAUCUGAGAGUGAAACUGACCCCGGUAUUUACAUCAGGGAAAAUAAAGACUAUGUUUGGAACAGUGGUAGACUGUGGGAGAGAACUGCAGGAAUGUCUUCAGGAAUCUGCCAGAAAUGGACGGCCUGUGGAGAUAAAGGAAUUUCUAGCAAGAUACAGUACAGAUAUCAUUUCGUCAUGUGCUUUCGGAAUUAAAUCCAACUGUCUGAGGAACCCACAUGCCGAAUUUCGUAGUUGGGGGAAAAAAAUAUUUGAACCGCAUCUCAGACAGAGAAUAACCUCGUUUUUAAACUUACUGUUUCCGGCUCUGGUUCCCGCUUUGAAGCUCUCCCUCAUUCCGAAGGAUGUCAGCAACUACUUCCGGAGAAUGGUGAAGCAGACUGUGGAGUUUCGCCAGAGCAAUAACGUGGUGGCUAAUGAUUUCUUGCAACUGAUGAUGAAAAUGAAGAACAAAACUUUGGGUGCGGCGGAGGGGGAGGACGUCCAACUCCUCCAGAAACAAACUCACGCGCUGGAGAAUAAUGAACCAUUCGAAGUAACAAUGGACGUAAUAGCUGCCCAAGCAUUUGUGUUUUUUGUCGCUGGCUUCGAGACGUCAUCAACCACAAUGGCUUUCUGUCUGUACGAACUGGCACUGAACCCAGGUAUCCAGGAGCGACUCCAGGCCGAGAUCGACAGCGUGAGUGAGCAACAUGGCGGGAACAUCACUUACGACUCCAUCCUCGACAUGCAGUACUUGGACAAAGUCGUGAAUGAGACCCUGCGGAAGUACCCUCCAGUGGUUCUCAUUACGAGGGAGUGCACGAAGACAAUCAAGCUAUCCGGAACUGACGUCACUGUGGAAAAAGGAGUACAAGUGCUGCUGCCUAUCCUGGCGCUCCAUCGCGACCCCAAGUACUACCCUGACCCCGAGAGGUUCGACCCGGAACGCUUCAGCGAAGAGGAGAGGAAGAAGAGGCCCCAGUUCAGCUACAUUCCGUUUGGAGAGGGGCCGAGACUCUGUAUAGGUAUGAGGUUCGGCCUGAUGCAGACCAAAGUAGGGAUCGUCAGUGUCUUAUCAAAGUACGACGUUCGGGCUUCGGAGGAGACGCCGCGACGCAUUGUGUUUAACAAAAAAGGUCUUUUGUUAUCCCACGAAGGAAAACUAUGGCUUCAACUCGUGAACAGGCAAGAGAGACUUUACUGAAACAAACUAAAAUGUUACAUCUUGUGACUGGAAGCAAGAAUUUGAGAAAUGUACUUGUACAGUGAGACACAAGUUGGGAGAACGUUAACCGUCUGCAAAACUACAAACUCACUUUGAAUGUUGUAACUUUUUCCUGAAUAAAGUUUUGUUCAUACCGAGCUUCAA